AUGAAAAAGUCGCUGGAGUCAAUUAAUUCUCGGCUCCAACUCAUGGAAAGUGGAAAGUACAUGCUGGGGUACAAGCAGACUCUAAAGAUGAUCAGACAAGGCACAGCAAAAUUGGUCGUCCUUGCUAACAACUGCCCAGCUUUGAGGAAAUCGGAAAUAGAGUACUAUGCAAUGUUGGCCAAAAUUGGUGUCCAUCACUACAGUGGCAAUAAUAUUGAACUGGGCACAGCAUGUGGAAAAUACUACAGAGUACGCACACUGGCGCUGACUGAACCAGGUGAUUCCACUAUCAUUAGAAGCAUGCCAGAACAGACUGGUGGAAAGUAA